UUGGUUGGAGGCCCUCCCUUCCUCGAGUGCUCUCGCUGUUGCAGAGGGAGGGCGUUGCCUCCCGUCCGCCAUUGACGACUCUCGUCAAAGAACAAGAGGGGCACGAAGACGACGUAGAAGAAGGCAAUCCUCUUAGUGAGAAAAUGAGUUCAAUGCUCGACAAGGAUAACCUUGCAGACGGCGACCCCGUCUCGAUGGUGAAACACUUUCUUCAUUCCCCUGCUGGGCUACGGAACUUCAUCCAUUAUACAUCACAAACUCAUUCACAUGAAUAUGAAGAAAAGAAUGUGGUGUCAGUGAUACCAGUUGAUAUAUUGCGAACGUCCAAGGAGUAUGUCUUUUACGUGGACGUCCCUGGUUUCUCCAAAGCUGAUAUUCAGGUAACAGUGGAAGAUGAGAAGAUCCUGGUUCUGAGAGGGGGAGGGAAGCGGAAAAGAGAAGAAGGAGAUGAAGAGGACUGCAGAUACAUCCGAAUGGAGAGGAGGGCAUCCUCAAGGUUUGUAAGGAAAUUCAAUCUGCCAGAUGACUCUGAUGUCUCUUCAAUCUCAGCAAGGUGUGAGAAUGGGGUGCUAACAGUCACAGUGGCAAGGAUUCCACCUUCAAGCGAGCAGAAAACGGUAGAGAUCCCCAUUGCCUGAGAUGGGCUGCAGGGGGAAGGGCUUGCAGGAAGGUUGAAGGAAUGUGAUCAUCAUCUAUUUUUGUUAGUGUAAAUACCUCCUCUCCAGGUACAUUAGAAUGUUUUCACCUUUCUCUAUGGUUUCUUACGCAUGUAUAUGAUCAACUCGUAUGCCUAUGAAAGUUUGCUUUGGAAGGUAAUAUUUUGAGUCCGGA